AUGAUACGGCCAGGUAUUACAAAAGGUGAGUCCACUCUGGCCGGAAGAAAGAAGACGAAGAGGAUUAAGGGAGACAUCACGAUAGAAAGGAAAAUACAACGAUUGAAGGACGAAGACCAAAAAAAAGAAUGGAAGAAGAAGAUAGAGAAGUCCAAGCGCAAAGACGAUAAACGUGACGACGAUCAUAAGGAAUCCAGAUAUAACAGCGAUCACAAGAGUUCCAAGCGUAACAACGAGCACAGAUAUUUUAGGCGAGAUGACGAUCACAGAGAUUGUAAGUACAACGAGGAUCGUGAAGAUUCUAGAGACAGCAGCGUCGAAGCGAAUGGGAAACGGAAAGCCUCGCCGCGGGAGAAGAUUGGCAACAGGUACUACGGAGAACCGGAUAAACCGCGAGAGAAUCCGGAGGACGCCAAGCAGAAGCAAACGAUAGCAUACGAAGUAUUAUAA